AUGGCUGCGCCUGCCAAUCUGUACCCUGGACUGAACGACAUCUCAGAUGUACUGGAAGAAAUGCCACUCGAGGUCACUCGGUAUCUUACACUUCUGCGGGAGAUUGACGCCAAGUGUGUGCACACGGUCCCCGAGCUCAACAGCACGAUCGGGGAGUUCCUGGGCGCACGCGGUAGCAAAAACGACGGUGUAGAGCCGCUUGCCAGGAUGAACGGUCUGUUUCAAGAUCUGAUGCCGUCGCUGGAGGAGAAGAUGCACGUGUCGGCGCUCGCAUACGAAGCGCUGAACCGGCUCACCGCCCGCCUGGAGCUGGCGUACGAGGUGGCUAUCAAAAACAACGAGAUCCCGCCCAAGCUCAGACUUGGCAACGACAACCAUCCGGCCAUGCACCUGCACCACGAGCUCAUGGCCAAGAUUGACUCCAAGUCCGGCAGCAAGUCGUCGCAGGCGCUGAAGAGCGAGUCGCGACGCGAGGCCAUGGCCGCACGCAGAACCGCUGGUGCGCCUCCUAGUGUCCCCGCGGGCCAUGCGACUGGCAACGGUGGCGGCGCUGGUGGAGCCGGCGCUGGUGGAGCCGGCGCUGGAGGUUUCGCUGCAGGCGCUGCGGCGUCUGGCUCAGCGGCCGCGGCCACGGCCGCUGGCGCCGCCCAGACUACCGAUGGGCGUAAGCGCCGGACUAUGGCAGGACCUACGGGCACCGCUUCGGGCGCGAUGGGUGCGACUGCAGGCAGCGCCAGCGCAGAUUCAAAGAAGCGGAAGCGCAAGACCGCAUCGCGGGAAGACUACAGCCAGCGCCCAAAAACAAACGAGUAUGGUGAGGCGCUCUACUGCUACUGCAACCAGGUGGCUUAUGGAGAGAUGGUCGGCUGCGACGGCGACAACUGCAUCUUGGAAUGGUUUCAUUUGCCCUGCAUCGGCCUGGAGACGCUACCCAAAGGAAAGUGGUACUGCGACGACUGUAAGCGCGCUUUGUGA